CCCACUGGAAGCUGCAGCCAGCGUCCUCCUCGAGGCGCAGGCCAUCGACAUCCAGAUCUCGUCUCCGCUCUCCGCUCACCGGCCGGCCGGCCGACUGCCGUGGUUGACGCUAGGAGAUCAGAUCAGUCAUCGUCAAGUCAAAAUUUGGAGAACUGUCGUUAGCAACAAGAUGAGAGAGCUUAAUUGUAGUAAAGCACAUACCAAAUUUGAACACUUCUCCGUGGUAUAGCUUUUGGCUUACUUGCUGUCUACUUUGAAGUGACUGAGAUUUUUUAAGUGAAUGCUCUUAUUUAAAGAGCACUGCACCACAUUACGUAUCUGCAAAUGGAGUACGAAAUUAGUACUGGACACAAUGCUCUGGAGCGCAUGUUAAUUGAUGGAAGUACGGAGCCAAUGGAUCUGCCGUUAUCACUUUUAGAAGACAUCACAAAUUGUUUCUCUGACGAUCAGCAAAUCGGCAGUGGCGGAUUUGCAUUGGUCUAUAAGGGAAUGGUCGGAAAUGAGAUAGUUGCUGUGAAGAGGCUAUCCAGGAAUAUGCAUGAGAGUAAAUUCCACAAAGAGGUUGAGUGCUUGAUGAAGGCCAAGCACAAAAACAUAGUGCGCUUUUUAGGAUAUUGUUCUGACACGCAAGGGAAAAUUAUGGUCUAUGAGGGGAAGAUGGCCAUGGCAGAUAUACGAAAUUGGUUGCUCUGUUUUGAGUAUGUACCCAACAGCAGUCUUGAUAAGUAUAUUACUGAUGCAUCUCAUGGACUUGAUUGGAGGGAGUGUUUUCAGAUAAUUAAGGGAACAUGUGACGGUCUAUGUCAUCUUCAUGAGAAGCGCAUUUUGCACUUAGAUUUGAAACCCGCUAAUAUUCUAAUAGAUGAUCACAUGGUACCCAUGUUUGUACUUCAAACCUUUGUGGAUCACUCGGAUACUUGGCACCUGAGUUCUAUAGUGGGCAAAUCACAUUUGUAUCGGACAUAUAUAGUCUUGGCGUUAUAAUCCUGGAGAUACUGAUUGGACAAAAGGGUUACUCCGAAGAUGAGAAUGAUCUAUUAUGGGCUGACGAGGCCAACAAUUCGUCCGACGGUGUGCGCAGAGGUGUAAAAUCCUACUGAGUACUCACCACAUUUUUCAUCAUGUUUCAGAUGUAGCUAAUUACGUUCACUUAGUAGUUUUAAUUGCAAAUUUAUGGGGUAAAUUCAUAUCGUCUUCC